GGAAGUAGCUGGGACCAGUCGGCCGAGCCCAGCGACAGCCAGUUCCUCUCCCACCGAGCCGGGCCUGUGAGCCUCCCGGCCAACGUUCUGCAGCUGGUAGCCUGCUGCAGGCCGGGCACUGUCCCCCGAGCAGUGUGCCCUUAAGUACUGGCUAAGCGUCCUAGGACCCGGGCCCGCAGCUGCUUCCCAGGCGGGCCCCUCAGGGCUAUCCCGUCGCGUGCGUAGCUUUGAACCGAAGUCACCGUGGAGUUCCGCCGCCCCGAAACUUCCACCGCGAGCGAGAAAUAUGGGAUGUAUUAAAUCAAAAAGGAAAGACAAUCUGAAUGACGAUGGAGUAGAUAUGAAGACUCAACCAGUUCCUGAAUCUCAACUUUUACCAGGACAGAGAUUUCAAGCAAAAGAUCCAGAGGAGCAAGGGGACAUCGUGGUGGCCUUGUAUCCCUAUGAUGGCAUCCACCCAGACGACUUGUCUUUCAAGAAAGGAGAAAAGAUGAAAGUUCUGGAAGAGCACGGGGAGUGGUGGAAAGCUAAGUCCCUUUCAUCAAAGAGAGAAGGCUUCAUCCCCAGCAACUACGUGGCCAAGGUCAACACCUUAGAAACCGAAGAGUGGUUCUUCAAGGACAUAACAAGGAAAGAUGCAGAACGACAGCUUCUGGCACCAGGGAACAGUGCCGGGGCUUUCCUGAUCAGAGAAAGCGAAACUUUAAAGGGAAGCUUCUCUCUUUCCGUCAGAGAUUACGACCCUAUGCAUGGCGACGUCAUUAAGCACUACAAAAUCAGAAGCCUGGACAAUGGUGGUUAUUACAUCUCUCCGAGGAUCACUUUCCCCUGUAUCAGUGACAUGAUUAAGCAUUACCAAAAGCAGUCUGACGGUCUAUGCAGAAGACUGGAGAAGGCAUGCAUCAGUCCCAAACCACAGAAGCCAUGGGACAAAGAUGCGUGGGAGAUCCCCCGGGAGUCCAUCAAGCUGGUGAAAAAGCUCGGCGCUGGGCAGUUCGGAGAAGUCUGGAUGGGUUACUAUAACAACAGCACAAAGGUGGCUGUAAAGACCCUCAAGCCUGGCACCAUGUCUGCUCAAGCAUUCCUGGAAGAGGCCAACCUCAUGAAGACCUUGCAGCAUGACAAGCUUGUGCGGCUGUAUGCCGUGGUCACCAAGGAGGAGCCCAUCUACAUCAUUACCGAGUACAUGGCCAAGGGUAGCUUGCUGGAUUUCCUCAAGAGUGACGAAGGCGGCAAGGUUCUGCUCCCGAAGCUCAUUGACUUUUCAGCUCAGAUUGCAGAAGGCAUGGCGUACAUCGAGCGGAAGAACUACAUCCACCGCGAUCUGCGAGCUGCCAACGUGCUGGUCUCUGAGUCUCUCAUGUGCAAGAUUGCAGACUUUGGCCUCGCGAGAGUAAUCGAAGAUAAUGAAUACACAGCGAGGGAAGGUGCCAAGUUCCCUAUCAAGUGGACAGCUCCAGAGGCCAUCAACUUCGGCUGCUUCACUAUCAAGUCUGAUGUGUGGUCCUUCGGAAUUCUCCUGUACGAGAUCGUCACCUACGGGAAGAUUCCCUACCCAGGGAGAACCAACGCAGAUGUGAUGACCGCACUGUCACAGGGGUACCGAAUGCCACGCAUGGAGAACUGUCCAGACGAGCUCUAUGACAUCAUGAAAAUGUGCUGGAAGGAAUCAGCAGAGGAGAGGCCAACCUUUGACUACUUACAGAGUGUACUGGAUGACUUCUACACUGCCACAGAAGGGCAGUAUCAGCAGCAGCCGUAGUGGGCAUGGAGACCAGCCCACUGGAGCUCGUAGGAAAAGCAGCCAUGGCGGAGAAUACCAGGACCCUCUGUGUUCCUGGUUCCUGUGGACAGGAUGCAUUAACUCAGGAAGAACAUCCUGGACAGAGGAUGCUGUUUUAUACAUGGGUGGCCACUGCUCAGUGGGACCACGGUCAGAACACAAACACCCGCUCUCUCCAAUAAGCACACUGGCUCUACAUGGGCCGAGUGAUUCAGGUUCGGAGACUUGCAACAAAUUCCCAGAUGCAACAAGAACUAAACUCACUUAGCGAAAGUAAACCCCGUGCACAGCAGAUGCUCCCUUACCUUCUCAGUGCUUUGGCUUACUUUCUUAAAAACUACUAAUCCAGCCUGUUGAAUUUUACAGGCGAAGGCCACGAGCUUUAAAACGUCUUCUCUAAAUUCGAAUGGUUUUUUUUUGUUUGUUUGUUUGUUUUUUUUUUUUUUUGGCUUGGGAAAUUUGAUUCCUCCUCACCUCCCACCCCACCCCCCAGAAAAUGAGACGAUUAAACAUUUUCCUUUGCGGUAAGAUCACUGGACGGAAGGCAGCACUCACUCCCCCUGCAGGAGCGCGGUGCGUGGGUGGGCACGCAGAAGGACCUUUGCUGAACUGGAGCCCUUUGGACAGAAAAACCUCAAGUUCUGCCCUGUAGAGGAAUGUUUGUAAUGGUCCAGGUAUUUCAGUCACAGGUUUCUCUCAAGGCUUUCCUGAUGGUGUCCUUUGGGAGAAACAUAAGCGACUCUCUAGUCUGUCAGGACUUUAUGAGACCUUCCAAAAAUACAAAGCAUUUCUCUCAUUGCCUCAAAUGACUUGAACAUUUUAUAAAUCAUAUAGUAUAGUCGUACUCUAAGGAAGUUAAAAUGCCAUGUUGGGGGCUAUUUUUGUGACUCAGUAAUCUUUUCUAGAUUGUGUGAGACAUGUGGGAGACUAUUUACAUGUGAAGGUAGGAAGCAGGCAAUCAUGGAGAGGCCUCUGGCGACCAGAGCAGUUUCGUUACCUGGGUUUUCCCCUGUAAACUCCCAUUAGAAACUGCUGUGUCUGUCCCUUUCACUUGUGUUACUGUGUACAUACCUAAUAUUUCUAUUUUUGAUUUUAUUUUAAUACACCCAAUAACAUCUUGA